CCUGUAUGGCGCCUACACAUCACCAGCAGGUGGAGCGCAUACGCAUGUGCUUUAGCUGCGUGACUGGACAACAGCCGCCUUCUGUGACAGAUCCCUCCGCCCACUGCAUGCUGGGAGAGAAAUUCAGGAGUCAGCUGAGUAAGUGCGUACAGCACCAAGCUCUUCUCCCCACGGCAGGAUUUAAUUUCCCUGCCCAUCCACCUGAGCUGCAAUGGAGACAAAUGCACCCCCUGAAAAUCUAGAAAACACCUUGCUUCGCAGCAUUGAAGAUGAAUACAGGAAAGCAUUUAAAUACAUAAAUAAAGGUUUGAGUACCGAUGAGACAGGAUAUAAGGAAGAGGCUCGCAACUAUUACAAGCAAGGACAGGAGCACCUGAUAAGAGGAUUAAAUAUAUCCUUACAGAGGCCAGAGUUCACUGGCCCAGCUUGGGAUAAUGCCAGACAAAUGCAGGCUAAGAUGAAGGAGACCCUGCAGAAUGUAAACACACGGUUGAAUAUCCUACAGCAGGGUUUGACUUCACUUCCUUCUAAUUCUGCUGUAGAAAAUGCAUCGGCCCAGAUGCCCGUUUUAUACCCCGCCUUACCGCCUAAGCAGAAAGAGAAGCCAGAGAGGCCACCACCUCCCAUAUCUCUUGUUUGCCCCCCAGUACCAGGUCCAGUAAAUGGAUUUUCCUCUUUACCCAGCAGCGAAACUGUUCAACCGAUAGAUCCCAUGAUGGGAACAGCUGCGCCUCCAGCAUACACUCCCCAGGCUACAGAAGGUCAUUUUACAGUUUCAUAUGGGACAGAAUCAGGGGAGCUUUCCACUGUAGGAGUUGAUUUCUACUCCAUGCCGGCACAACCACCACCCGUGCAAAGUCUUGGGGUGGAUGCAGAAGAAUUAAUCCUGAUUCCACAAGGAGUGCAGAUUUUUUUUGUGACAGGAGAUGGCCUUGUCAGUGCACCCUCAUAUCCAGGGUACCUUCGCAUUAUAAAGUUUAUGGACACCACUAGUGAGAUGGCUCAGAAUCGCCCACCUGCCUUUCUUCAGGUCUGUGAUUGGUUGUAUCCCCUCAUGUGUACUCAGUCGCCAGUUUUACGCACUAACACUGGAGUCUACAUGUUCCCAGACAUGAUGUCCCAGGUACCUGGAUCCUAUGUGGGAGUGGUUCUCUCUUCUGAGCUGCCCGUUGCUGACCAAGAACUGUUUGAAGACCUGCUGAGACAAAUGUCGGAUCUGAGAAUCGAGCCCUCUGAAGCGGCUAGUGAAGUUAUCGAUGUGAGUCGGACAGUACAUAUUAUCACUAUUCCUGAAGAUGGGCAAGAGGAGCAAAAGGAAUUACCAGAAUGGAGUGAGAAAGUUGCUCAGGGGAUUCUCUCAGGUGCCUCUUGGAUUAGCUGGGGUUUGGCAAAAGGAGCAGAGCUAACCGAAAAGGCCAUCCACAAAGGCGCUUCUAAAUUACGAGAGCACAUUCAGCCAGAAGACAAACCCCUUGAGGUCAGCCCCACUGUGGCCAAAGGGCUUCAUGUAGCAAAGCAAGCCACUGGUGGGGCAGUUAAAGUCAGCCAGUUUCUAGUGGAUGGUGUUUGUUCCAUUGCCAGUUGUGUUGGGAGAGAGCUAGCACCGCAUGUGAAGAAACAUGGCAGCAAACUUCUGCCAGAAUCUCUGAAGAAAGACAAAGAUGGUAAAUCCCCGUUGGAUGGAGCCAUGGCGGUAGCAGCAAGUGGUGUACAGGGAUUUGCAACAGUUUGGCAAGGUCUGGAAUUUGCCGGGAAGAACGUUGCUAAAAGUGUAGCAUCAGAGACUGUGCACACCAUCAAGCACAAGUACGGGAAAGAUGCUGGCCACGCGACUGACAACGCUGUCAAUUCUGCAAUGAACAUGGGCGCCACAGCAUUUAACAUUGAUAACGUAGGUAUCAAAGCACUGGUGAAGAAAACUGCUAAAGAGACUAGCCAUGCGAUUCUCGAUGAAUACAAGAUCACUAAGAAGCAAGAGGAGAAAGGGGAAAAACACUAAAAUAAAAGCAACGCUAACAUGCGUAAAUUGCCUUAACAUGUGAAUCUUAACUUUCUCACUGUAGAAGGAAAAAAAACACCACAGGGGUGCCCUUAAGCAGCUCGGUCAUCAACAUGCUGGGAUCCAACACCACAACAAUAACCAAACAAGAGCUCUGCUGCAAUGAUAAGGCAUCUCCAAAUGUAUGUCUCUGUAUAGCAAAGAAGAAACUGCCAUCAAUACUGAAAUUCUUUAUAAGAGAGCUGUCCUUAAUGUGUGUGCUUAGAAACGUGCUUAAUAGUACAUUUUCAAGAAACUACAUCACCAGAUAUGUUUAGUUUAAUGCCUUGUUUGUACUGUCAAUUCAUUUCAGGUCUCUCAUCUGAGUGUUGAACUAUUACUUUCUGAGCAGGUCUAUAUGCAAAAGGAGUAAGUGAAGAUGAACAUAAAAAUAGCUUUUACAUUAACAGUUCUGUGUAAAAACUGGGUAAAUAGGCUGUGCAAAAUAAAAAAAUG